UGGGUUUGACCGGCUUUCUCGGAGACACAAUGAGGCGGCGGACGAGCGGGGAGCCCACGUUUUUUUCCCCCCCGUAGCUUUAGCAGCACUUUUUAGCCCGGUUUCUUUUAUUUUAAUUUGUAUUCUUUCUUAAGUAUUCUGUUUGUUUUUCUCAGCAACACCAAGACUACUAAGACGUUUAUGGCGGUAAAAGGACUUAGUUGAAACCGGGUUUUUCGUCGAGCUUGACGAACACACAACGAGGUCCAAGUCAAGAGUUCGAGUUAGCCCCUUGUGGUGAUAUUUUUUCUACCUUUUCACCUCUUCUCGGUUUUGGCUAACAUGUCGCUGGCUACGUCGCCUGAUUAUUUCGCCGCCGAGUGUCUGGUGUCCAUAUCUAGCGGUCCAGUUCUGCACAGACCCACCCCGGUGGCCCCCGUGAGCCAGCCUGCCGCGCCGGGCCUUUCCUUCGGGGAGCCCGACGGGUCCAACGAGGACAGGGAAGUGCGGGAGACGCUGAAGCUGGAAGGGACCAACCUGAUGACGGUCGCUAGCAUCCUCACCGACCUGCACAGCAAGUUUCGGCCCAUGUCAGCCUACUCGGAGAGCAGCAACUCCUCGUGCGGCGGCGAGAGCGGCUACACCACGUUGUCUGACCCCACUACCCCGACAAUGACCCCCUCCGCCACGCCGGUCCCGGGACAGCAGCAGUGGGGCUCCGCUGGGGGAGCCGGGCUGCCGCGGUCCCCGGGGAAGCGACACCAGUGCACUUUUGACGGAUGCGACAGAGUUUACGGGAAAUCGUCCCACCUGAAGGCGCACAUCCGGACCCACACAGGUGAGAGGCCCUUUCCAUGCACCUGGCCUGACUGCGAGAAGAAGUUUGCCCGCUCGGACGAACUCACCCGCCACACCCGCACUCACACCGGAGAGAAGCGCUUCGCGUGUCCUCUGUGCAGCAAGCGCUUCAUGCGCAGCGACCACCUGAAGAAGCACGCCCACCGCCAUCCCAACUUCAAGCCCCACAUGCUGAAGCAAAACCGGGGCGCGCCUGGCGAUUCUUAGCUGAGCCUGGUGUGAAGGGUUGGCGUUUGCUGAGUCGUGGUGUGCAAAGGUUCCCAGAAGUGUAGGCCGCCACCUUAGAUUAAAGUUUUCCAUAAAAUCCCCAACUGAGCAGUUGGCUCAAGGUGUCAGGGCAGUAAUUUCACCCGCACACUUUCACAGAUGAGUCAUAUGACCACUUUUCAAUAUAGUUAGGACUGUUUGGGAAAGUCUCUCUGGACCCAAGGACUGGGAAUUCAAGCUCCUCCUACCUAAACCUGCAUCUCCAAGCUGCAUAUGGAUCAAAGCAUUCUUCCCAAAGUGGACACUGAAGUAGGACUGAGGGUCAAACUCACCUUUUUUUUUAUAUAAUAUUAGGAUUUUUCCCAAAAGAAUACAAGUACAAAAAUACACUUUUAGCUAUCUGUGUCCCCUAUAAAGUCCCCUCAGUGUUUUUAUUGCUCUUCUCUCGUGGGCAAAAGCUAACCCUCUUCUUUCUUUAUACAAAGGCUGCAAAUUUGCAUACAGCUGUUCCUCAAUGCUGACUGUUUUGCAACCCCCCCCCCCCCCCCCCCCCAAAAAAAAAAAAAAAAAACCUGCAUCAGGUGGGAAAUGUAGCAGCGCUCGACGCGCCUUCAUCUCCUGAGGCGUCACUAAGCUGAACCUUUUUCCCCGGCUCACACCUGAAAUCCCAGUACAGCUGCUCAACCGAACAUUUUAGGAGCUUCUUUCACUCCAUUUCUGACCUAUUGUGCGUUCUUGUUAUAUAAAUAAGAAAGAAAUGAAAACCAGAAAAACUUCAAACUACAUCAGUUCCAGAUUCUAUGUAUUUUGGAAACAAUAGAUUAACUACAGGCUGUCAGGAAAUACUAAAAAAAAAAUCAUAGAAUUAAAUCAGAAAAUGCAUUGCUUUUUAAGUCAUGGUAUUUAACCUGAAACAUUCCUAAAAACACAAUGUUCUUUAAAGGAUGAUUUUAAUUUUAUUCAUGUUAACCCAAAGCUGAUCACAGAGUACCUCACUGUUAACUGCAGGUUUAUCAUAGCGCAGAUCUGUUCAAGAGACUUUUUUCUACACGUGAAAUCAUCCAAAAAUGCAUCAAUUUCUAAACAUGACCUCGUUGUCUCACAGGAAAUGUUCACAGUUUUCUUUUGAAAGGAUCAUUUGGUUUGUAAGUUUAGUUUUUUGUGCUCUUUACUACCAUAUAUUUACAGUGAAACCCCUUGUGAUUUUUAACUAGUCGAGCUUUUUUUAAAUUUAGUUUUCUGUUUGUCUUGGUUUAUUAUUAUUCAUUAUUAUACUAGUACUCAUCUCUAUUCAGAUUUUUCAUUUGAUAUAUUUGUUUUUUUGGCCGGAAAGUAGUCCGAACGUAACUGUAGAGAAGCAGUUUGCACGCCGAUCUUAAGGCAAGAUGACUUAUCAUAAAAUGCUGAUACAUAAUACGCUGCAGUAUUAUGUCUAAUAUUGUUGCAAAUGUAUAUGAGCUUUAAGCUUUUAAUGUAGAGAAGAUGAUAAUGUUGCUAGCAGCAAGAAAGAGAUGGGUUUUAGUCCUUUUAAUUAGGAGUGGCAGACUUGAUAGGAAGGCAUUGCCUGUAAGAAAUGAUGCAUUUUCUUCCCUCUUCUCUCUGUGGCUAGCAGCAGAAGUAGAAGUGUGUAUGUGCUUUCAUACUAUUUAAAAAAAACAGUUGAAUUGGUGAAUCAAGGGAGUGGUGCUAUGAUGUGGCUUUAGCGUGAUUUCUUUCCAGCCUGCUGCCUUCAAAGUAAAAGUACUCAGGCUAUUCUGCUUCACGUAGAGCCAAGCAGCACAAUGUGUGCCGGUUUGAUGAAGCUUCUCUCCCUCUUUCCCACCGUUUGGCUCAUUUCCGUACAUCCAUCUCAGCAGGCAACACUUCUCCAGGACUCUCCAAGCCUUAAACGAUGUUAUUACUGCUUGACAGCAUGUUUACAGUCAUAUUGUAGGUUAUACUGGGUGGUUACACAGUCUCGUGCAAUGUGGCGCUUUUUCAAUUCUUUUCCUGAAUGACUGAUUUGGCUGAGGAGUGUAAUGGUUUGCACUGUUACUGCGAGCACUGUGGAACUUUGCUGACUUGUUUUUAAAGACCUUUUGCUUUGGGAAAACGUAGACAAACCGGGUAGUUGUUGUUUUAUGCAGUUAGCUUAAGUAUUUACGUAGCUGUCCUCUUGUGUAACAUGUUUUGUUUUGCUGUUUUUUUUUUUCUUCUCCACUGGGAUAAUGGAUCAAGUGCAUCAGUAUUCCUCCUUAAACACUUUGCUGUUGGAUUCAUUUUAAGGGAGGCGAGUACGAUGUUUUCGAGAUUCAGUACACAUCUUCUCACCGUUUCUGGUUGCUGCUGGCAGUGACCUUGAACAUGGACUAUGUCAGCAGAAGGAAGCAAAGCAACUAUGCCUUGUUUUUGCUGGUUUCAAACGCAGAAGUUCACGUCCGUGAAAAUGAUGGAAGCAGCUUUCAAUGCUGCAUCACAAGCACAUACCUCACAGUUUCUGUACAGACACCAUCCAGUCUCUGUCUAUCAGAAAGCCAUAAGCCAUGGACCGGGCUUGGGUCACAGAGCUUGCUCUGUUCUUUGCCCCUUGACCUCAAUAUGCAACAUCCUAACUACCUGUGCAGUAGCAGAAUUCUUUGUGUUUCCCUCCUUGAUCUUUAGUUACUAACAGUUUGUAGCUUUUUCCUUUUUUCAGGAAGUGAAAAUGGGCAUUGAAAAAAAAAAAAUCCUGAUAAAUUGAACACAGUGGAGAUGACUGAAAUAUUCAUUCCAAAAAAGUUUAUUUUAUUUUAUGAUUGUUUUUUUUUAGAGGAAAUUCUUGCAACCACACUAAUUCAGAUAUGCACAUUGUACAAAGUGUUAACCUUUUUUUUCUAGAGAAUGCAAAUUUUUAUGUAAUUGUUGAGAUCCUUUUAAUCAAAGCUUUAGUUGAAAUAAAUGGGUGGAUCUUUGGAACUAAAUACUUGCUGCAACAAGCUUUUUUAAAAAACAAAAAAAAAAAUACAAAUAUUUAUAUUCUCAGGUGUCUUAAAUUUUGAGGAUUGGAGUUUCAACAUCUCCUGUGUAAAGCAGAGGUAGACGCAUGUUUCAUAUUUCUUUUUUGGGUAAUUUAUUACAAAUCAGAACGUCUCAUUUGUGUGGUUUUUAGUUAUUCUUUUCAUUUUCAGCUAGUUUUGUUGAAUGGAACAGUACUUAGUGGUUCCACUGUUUGCUUGACUGUUGCUUUUUGUUUUUUAAAUUAAAAGUAAAGUUUACCGCUU